UGCUUAUCAACAGGGACUGCAGGUCUGCAGCUGCAGAGAGAGAGAAUAGGGUAGAGAGAGAGAGAGAGAGAGAGAGAGCCAACUUCGUGCCCUAAUUAGGGUUUUCGCCAGAACGAGAGAAUGGCGACGAUGGAGAACUUGCCCAAAAACAUGGCAGUGCCCACCGCCGAGACGCCGGCGGCGACGGAUUUGUGGUAUCGACUCCCCGGAGAUAUCCUCAAAUCCAUCGCGAAACGCCUCACCGACAAAGCAGAUGCUGCCGCUGCUUAUACUAAUCACAUCAACGCCCUUGGUCUUCUUCGCUCCGUCUGUAAAUCCUGGCGAUCCUCCAUCGAGAAACCUUCCUCCUCCUCCUUGCUCUCCUUGCUGCCGCUCACCCUUCCUUUCCCCAUUGUCCCCUUCCGUAAACCUAACUCCAACCGCGGCCGCCACUUCUCCCUCACCCACAGCAUCCUCUACUUCCUCUCCCCAUUGUCCCCAACCCCAACUGCCGGCUGGUUGCUUAGGGUUCAAGAGCCCCCGUCUCGAAACAACAACGGCUCUAAAACAUACCACCCCCUCAACCCACUCUCCAAACUCGAGCCGCCGGAGCGAGCUCCGAGAGCGGCGGCGUUUCCCGAAUCGCUUAACCUGCUCGAGGUCGGAAUAGCCGAGAUCGGCAGAGCUCACUGCCUCAAGGUUGUCGACGAGAGAGAGAAGAAGAAGCAGCAGGAAGUUAAGGAGAAGUUCAAGCGGAGGACGAUGGCGGAGUGCCAGGCGGAAUACGAAGACGCGUACACCACCUACAUCAAGAAAGUGGCCGUGUCUCUGGAGGAUUACGGGGUCGUGGUGGCUAUUCAUUCUGGUCGACUGUGUUUCCACAAGCUCGGCGGCGACCAGAAAUGGACUCUUAUUGAUUCUUCCAACGACCGGUACCAUGACGUCGUUUACCGGAAGGGGAAAUACUUUGCGGUGGACUAUAGAGGGAGGACAGUGGUGAUUGAUGGUGCGGACUUGAAGAAGGAGGUCAUGGUGACGCGCCUUGUCAAAUCUCCCUUGCCGAAUCUUGGUGCUUGUCAGUUCACGCGCCUUGUAGACUCGGGCAAUGAUCUCUUCUUGGUUGACAGGUACUUGGACACGGAAGGCGGCCAGUGUACACUCUCUAUCGGAGCUGUUGCCAUGGGCAUGAUAACCGAAGAAAGUCAUCCCCCUAUGACCAACUACUUCAAUGUGUACAAGCUUGAUGAAGAGAACAAGCAAUGGGAGCUUGUUGAGGAUUUGAAUCAUCAGGUUUUCUUCCUUGGUGAUGACUACUUGUUUUCAGUCUCUGCUCAGGAUUUUCCUGGACUGAAAGGAAACUGCAUAUAUUUCUCUGACUGUAUGUUUCGUGCUCGGAAUGAGAAAGAAGCCAACAUUGGAAAAUCCUGCGUCCUCACGGGUGUUUACAACUUGAAAGAUCGUAGCUGUGGGCCACUCUCAAUGUUUCCAGACCACUGGCCCAUUUUUUCGCCUCCGCCAGCUUGGCUUAAGCCAAAACACCGUGAAGGAAUGAUGGAAGGGAUGAAGGAAGAUGAACUGCAGAGAGAUGUUGCUGCUUUCAAGCAAGAUAUGCUUGAGCAAUCUCCCGAAGCAAAGAAGAAAGCUGCGGAAGCAAAAUUUAGAGGAGAUGAUGCCUACAGACGGAAGGACUAUUUGGUGGCCCUUGAUGCUUACACACAGGCAAUUGAUUUUGAUCCUAGUGAUGCUACUUUGCUCUCCAAUAGAAGUGUCUGUUGGAUCCGUCUGGGACAAGCGGAGCAUGCCUUGACUGAUGCAAAUGCCUGCAGAGCACUAAGACCGGAUUGGCCAAAGGCAUGCUACCGUGAAGGUGCUGCUUUACAGUUAUUACAGAGGUUUGAUGAGGCAGCCAAUUCUUUCAAAGAGGGUGUGGAGCUUGACCCCGACAGUAAGGAACUUGCAAAUGCUUUCAGGGAAGCUGUUGAAGCUGGGAAGAAAUUUCAUGGUACAAACCAGUAAAAAUCAUGAUGGCGCUUAAAAAAUGCAUGUCAAAUGAGAAAGAAGAGGGACUGAAACUUGACUUAAUUAGUUGUUGGGAUCACUGUAGAUACUAAUUGUAGAAAUCCAGGCCAAAUACUUGUUACUAACUUACCAUUAUGUUUCUUUGUUAAGUUCGAAGUGGUGUUACUUUUGUUAGAGGUUAUAUCCAGUUCCCUUGCUUCUAGUAUAAGCGAUGAGGAUACAUGUUUCUUUUGAGGCUACCA